UUUAUCAGCAACUUCAAGAAAUACGACACUGUCUGUAAAGGAAUGGGAUUUGAAGAAAAACGCUGCAAAGGAAAGGGUUUGAUUGCAUUCAAUGCCCUAUUGACAGCUGAUCAGCAACGGCCCGCAAAAAAUGCUGUUAUCAUUUUCAAAAAGGUAACAUUAAACUCUGGAAAUGCUUACAAUGCAGCCACUGGAAAGUUUACAGCUCCUGGAAAUGGAAUAUAUUCUUUUACGUGGACCAUUGCAACAAAUGCUGGAAAGUAUUUAAGCACAGAAAUCGUAAUCAAUGAUAAGCCUUUCAGUUACAACCACGAAACGGCAGAGAUGGCAGUUCCAACUACGAAACUGGAUCAGCAACAACCAAUAUAGAAAUGAACAAGAAUGAUGAAGUCUGGAUCAGAGCGUAUGGAGGCGGAGGGUACGCCAGACACACAUGGUCAUCUUUC